AUGUAUGCAAUUUACAGAGACACUAAUUUAGGAACUCCAUAUAGUGGUUUGGGUAUGCCUUUUACCCAUCGUGUUGGUAAUCUCCUAUUCCACUGGGUUAUUAUUGCUGCAAGAUGUAUACAGUCACAUGUGUUAGGAAGAAUGUUUGCGAGGAAAGGAUACGAGGUAGAUAUUAUUAAAUCCGAAGCUGAAAGGAUUAUCUACGCGGGCCGCUCUGAAUUCCUUUUUGAUGUGAUUCGUCCAAUAAAUAAUCGUAUAAAGUACUUUGGAAGCAAUAUGCAGAUGACUCCAAGCGACUACGUCACCGUCAUACCAGAAAUUAACAAUGAUUUUACAAAGGUCCAUCAGAACGCACAGAGAACGUUACAUUCUCGGAAUAACACCACCACAUCGAAUAGCACAAGCCGGUUACCUGUAGUUCUUGCUGACUGCAUGAGCUCUAGUGAUCCUCUCAAAGCUACGAACAACAGUUAUUCCUCGUUGUUGGCAAGGAGAAGCUAUCUGUACAGUGGACUAAAGCGAAAUGUGGUAAAAAUGAGAUUCGCUUCUGUAUGCGCGCAGUUUCCUGAACUUGACUGGCCCUCUCUGACUAGGGAGAAAUUCAUCCUUGUUUCCUUUGGAAGUGUAGCACAGGCUCAGAAUAUGCCACUGCAUGUG